AUGAAGAAGUGGAAGCCACCUCGUAUGCUCAACCAGCCUGCGGGCGACGGCGAGGGCGCGAGCGUGAAGCGCGCCGCGCAGCCACUCGACGCGAAAGUGACGAAGAUUGCGCGCCGUCCGCUGCAACCUCACGCGGCUCCCCAGGUGCAGGCUGCGCGGCCUGCGGACUCGAGCAAGCGCUGCUUUCGGGUGCUGUACACGAAGCGCUCGAGCAAGCUGCGGCGAAACAAGACGUUCGACGAUGGAAUCCUCGUCGUACAGGACGGCACGCAGUGCACGCUGUAUGACGAUUCCGGCAAGCAGGUCACGCGUGGGCGAUGCGCGGCGGCGGCCAGCCUCGCGAGCGACUCCGAGCUGGCCCUGGGCAGCUGGGAGCUCGAGGUGGACGCCGCGCUGCCGGUCGAAGACUUCAUGUCCGGGUCGUGCUUCCUCCCCGGGACCACCGUCUCGCCCGGGAAGUCGGCGGGGCCGUCCGCCGCGGCCCGCGCCCCACCUCGCGUCGGCGCGUCGCUGCUCUCCGCGCCCCCCGCCAAGCCAAGCACCGCGCUGUGCCCGGGCCGCGCCAACGCGCCGCGGCCGCCGCUGCACGACGCGAAUGCGCCCGACGCGGUGGUCCUGAACAAGGCCGGGUACGACAGCGGCCGCGACCGCAGCGCGGUGGUGCUCGAUCCCUUCCUAGUGCGCAAGCUGCGGCCGCACCAGAAGGAGGGCGUCCAGUUCUUGUACGAGUGCGUGAUGGGUGUGCGGGCAGCGCACGUGACCGGGGCGAUCCUCGGCGACGCCAUGGGCCUCGGGAAGACGCUGCAGAUCAUCUCGCUCGUGUGGACGCUGCUCCGGCAGGGCCCCUCCGGGCGCCCCGCGAUCAAGAAGGCCGUGGUGGUGGUGCCGAGCAGCCUGGUCAACAACUGGCGCGACGAGUUCCGCAAGUGGCUCGGCGACACGCGCCUGCGCACGCUGACCGUCACGCCGGGGGAGGACGUCGCCGCGACGGUCCACGACUUCCGCGUGUCCCCCAUCUUCCCCGUGCUCAUCCUCAGCUACGAGAUGGCGCGCAAGCUCUCCGGGUCGCUCGCGGGCGCCGCGUCCGGGCCGCCCGUGGACCUCCUCGUGUGCGACGAGGGCCACCGCCUCAAGGCGGCCGGCGGGAACCAGACCAUCGCCGCGCUGCUGUCCCUGGGGUGCAAGCAGCGCGUGGUGCUCACGGGCACCCCGCUGCAGAACGACCUCGCGGAGCUCUGGGCCGUCGUCGACUUCGUCAACCCCGGGUGCCUCGGGACCCUGCGCUCCUUCCGGGACGUGUUCGAGAAGCCCAUCACGCGCGGGCGCGAGCGAGGGUGCACGCCCGCGGAGCAGGGCGUCGCGCAGGAGCGCGCCGCGGAGCUCGCGCGGCAGCUCGGGGUCUUCUUCCUGCAGCGCGGCGCGGAGGUCAACGAGCGCUUCCUGCCGCCGCUCACGUCUGUCGUGGUCGUGUGCCGGCCCACGCCGCUCCAGGUCGCGCUGUACGCGGCCCUGAACCGCGCGGGUGGGCCCUGGCGCCUCGACGGCGGCGAGGUGCCCGCCACGGACGUCCUCGAGAAGCUCGCGGUGCUGAAGAAGAUCUGCAACCACCCGGGGAUGCUGUGGACGCCGGGCGCGGGGGGCGCAGAGGGCGCGGGGGGCGACGCCGCCGCCGCCGGUGACGCCGGUGACGCCUUCGACCUCCGCGGGUGCUUCCCGGACGACUUCCAGCCGGACGCGCCGGACGGGUCGAGCAAGAUGGUCUUCCUAUCCGCGCUGCUGCGGGAGCUCAAGGGCGGGUCCGGGCAGCCGGAGUCAGCGCGUGCGGACAAGGUGGUGGUGGUGUCGACGUCCACCAAGCUGCUGGACGUCGUGCAGGGCCUGUGCGGGAACCUCGGCCUCACGACGUGCCGCAUCGACGGCGGCACGGACGCGUCGAUCCGGAAGGACAUCGUGGACCAGUUCAACACCCUGAGCACGGCGCGCGUGUGCCUCCUGUCGUCCCGCGCCGGUGGCGCAGGCCUGAACCUGAUCGGGGCCAACCGCCUGGUGCUGCUGGACGGAGACUGGAACCCCGCGAUCGACGCGCAGGCGAUGGCGCGCGUGUGGCGCGACGGCCAGCGGCAGCCGUGCACGGUCAUGCGGCUCCUGGUCGCGGGCGCGCUGGACGAGAAGGUGUACAUGCGGCAGCAGAUCAAGGGGCAGAACACCGCGCUGGAGGGGUGCGGCGGCGCGGGGGCGCGCAGGGGCGGACCGCGGUUCACGCGCGAGGAGCUGCGCGGGCUGUUCCGGCUCGCAACGAACACGGACUGCGAGACGCGGGACGUGCUGGCCAGGGGCGGGGCGGAGGCGUGGGUGGACCGGCGCGGUCAGACGGGCGACGCGGUGCUGGACGCGGCGGUCGCCUCGUCGGAGGUGGUGUCGUUCGUGCACGUGGACGGGCGUCGCGGGGCCGGGGUGGAGCCCGAACAGCGCACCCUGCCGGAGGUGUUUGCGGCGGCGGUGCAGGGGGGUAGUCUCGGCGCGACGGAGCGCGCGGGGGCGGCGACGAUGAAGGGCGUGCGGGAGUGGAGCGACGACGAGGACGAGGCUGUGGGAGCGCGCGACGGCGGGCGCGUGUCUGACGGGGGUGUCAGUGUGGGGGGGGGCUCCAGCGUGGGAUGGGCGGACCUGGAGGAUGACGACGCGUGA